AUGAGAGAGGAUAAUGCGUUUAUUCAAUCGAGAAAGGAGCAAAGAAGGGCGAAUGCGGAGGUUUAUCAGCAGACGAAUUUGCCUCGGCCGAGCAUACGACAACCUUCUCCAGUACCAAGAACAAAGUCCGAGACUGGGUCUAGACCAACAAUGACCUCCCGCUUAGGAUCCGAAAGCCGUUUUGAUAGAGGUGUUUCUAGCCCCCUCACCGUUCCAGCCGUCAAAGGAAAGCUAUCUCGAAACGUUUUGAGAAGAAAGCCAUCAUUGAUAGCUCAACAUGCUGAGACUAGUCGACCUACAACAGCUAGGACAGCGACUAGCUCCCCUGCCAGCUGGGGGACUAUACCGGGAGCUAAAGCUGCUCCUCAAAGUUCAAUUAAACCACUGCAGCCGCGUGUUGAAACCUCACAGCAAGUUCGAAAGGAUUCGUCUUCUUCUAUCAAGGAAGUUUCACCACGGAUCAUACCAGAACUGGAUAGAUAUCGAACAAAAUCAGAACAAAAUCGCGAGGACUUGAAUGCUAAAUUUCUCUCCAAUAUUCCUUACAAAUUAACAACUCCCGAUAUAUCCCCUCCUACUCCUUCGAUGUCUGCAGGUUUUCUAAGUUCAGGAUCCAGUCACAAAAGGUAUAGCGGAUACAGUGGCAGUGGAUACAGUGCAAGCCCUUCUACGCGGUUUUCUGGAUCCCCAGGUCCAAGCGCUUACAGCAGAGAUACCACUCCGACUUCUAUGUCAUCCGUAUCACCUAGCAUCUUCGUGCCGUUUAAAUCUAGUAUUCCGAACCGCAGAGGCAGUAGUCCCGCCAGGAACCAGCUACCUCUUACCAGAAGACGCGAGAGUGAUGCAUCAAACGAGCUUAAUAACGCAGUUGCUGACUCACGUGAACUUCCCUCGUUGCGGGAGUCUGUCAAUUCCUCAUCAUCUAAUUCAACAGUCAAGGCUGAAGGAAAGUCUCUGGAUAAGGUACAUAAAAAUAAAAAGUCCUUGUCUUCUCUUCCACCUAGUCCACCACCUCGUAAGUCUUCUCAUCAAUUUAAGAAGUCGGCUCAAGGAAAAAUAUCACCUACCGGGGCAAGCCCAAACCCACUACACACGGGAACUACUCUCCCUCCAGAAGCAUCCCCUCAAAGAUUACAGGCUCCAUUGCCGGAGGCGAACGACAGGCCCUCACCCCCAAGGAGGCCUAGUAGAGAUGGUGCUCCGGAUCUAAGAUCACAAAUUGGAGAUUUUGCAGUACUUCAAAGUAACUUCACCGGCGUAAAUUAUACGCAUAGCAAAAGUAACAGUAUUUCUUCCCAGAGAGCAGCUUCAUCUCCUCUUCAAACUUCAAUGACUCCAGCAUCACGAGAGACUUCGCGGAAUCCAUCCCCAACUCCACUCCAGCCUCUCCACCGGGAUCCUACUCCCGCACCAACUGGCCUUGGAAUAGUUCCGCAUCUCAGGCCGCCUUCUCGAAGUCAUAUCACUCGUACUCCAAGUCCAAGUGUCGACAGCGGAAGGCACCGCUUUGGACUUUUUGGUCGAAGGACAAAGACGGCCCCUGAAAUCACGACUGUUCCCGUAGAAAAGUCCCAGAAGAAAGGACCAGCUGCAGGCACCGGCCAUGAAGGUUAUACAAGAUAUGCCCUGCGUGGCCGUAGCACUACUAGAGUAGUUACAGGAAAGCCUCGAGAAAGAAGCUUAAGUGGAGCUCCGGUUUCGAGAGACCAACCCGAUACCACGGAUCCAUUUUUCAGAGAUCGAAUGAGCCCUGUCAUCAUAGCUGGUGGCGGUGCAAUAAAGGAGAAUCGUAAUUCUAUCUCUGAAGUCGUCAGUCGUACAGAUAGUAACACCAGCCUCCCUCCGUUAGCUAAGAAUAUUUCUCAGACUAGUUUGGGUCAAAAGAGAGCGAAAGCUGUUUUGCAACCGUCAGCUAUUCCAAGAGAAAGCAAUGAGCGGGCUUCCGCUACAGGCGUCUCAAAAUCUAGAAGACCUUCCGACAGUCAGGAUGAAGAUCGUUCAAAGACACCGUCCCUUGCAUUCCGAAGGUCAACCCAGCGUCUUAAUAAUUCGACUAGUGCCAUUAAUAUCCCAAAAUCACUUAAUAUCACAACAACGGAACCUUCAUCCUCGAUCAGCAGUUUAGACCCUAGUUUAACGUCUGGAGAAUCACAAUUAGAGCUAAAGACUGAGACCGAGCGCGGAAGACAAUCUGAACCAGUUAAGCCGAAGAAACCGGAGAAGCGUGCAAGGUCACCUAGGAAAUGGAAUAUCUUUCAUCGACAAGCACCAAAAGUAGAGACCGAGAUUAAACACGAUGCGGUGCACGUUUCCAUCGGCAGACAGCCUGUCAAACCGAUACCCCAUUACGCUAUGUUUGAAUUUUCCGAUGAGCCAGAAGAUACCGACAGUGUGGACUUGGCGGAAAUUCUCAGAGAUUCAGAUGUCGUAGAACUAACCGACGAGCAAUUGAAUGAACUUAAGUUUAGCAAUUAUAAGGAAAAUAUCCGACGUAUCGAGGAACUUCAGACAGCCAUGGCGCCUUCGCUUCCCCAGAUGAUACCAGCAACUAUUGCUUUCUCACCACUUGAACUAAUGAUGCCCUCACCACCUGAAGUCCCUCAGACUCAAACGGAACCUCCUCACACUCAAACAGAACCCCAUGUUCAAAUGGAAGUGCCUAUUCGACCAAGUCGUCUUCAACAAGUUGGCCGAAUCCCGAAAGUCGUUUCUGCACGACCUGAAACUACCUCUCCGAUAUCUUUCUCGAGACCAUUUGCACGGUUAAGCACGAUACAACCUACGACGAAUUUACCUUCAUUUGACAUCAACUCGGUUGCUUUGGGAGCAAGUCCAACAAACUUUUCUAGCCCUGGAAGCUAUCCAGCACUGUUCAAUAGCCCAUCAUCCUACCAAGGAGAAUUCCUCGCCUUUUCGCCAAGAAGCUCUCCCAGGAAUAACUCCACAGCUACGACGAGUAGUUCCGGCACAAUCAACUAUGCUGAUAUAACGGCGAUUAUUCCCGAGCCUGACGCAGAAUUAGCAGAAGAUGAAGUUUGGGAUGAAUACGAUGACUUAAUCGAAACAGACGACAAUACAAAACAGCCACGCGUCGUUUCUACAACAUCAUCUCACGGUGUUCCAUUUCAAUAUGAAUCAUAUCAGAGCCCAUCUACCCGCUAUCUUAACCCAAGUCUUCAAGCUUCUUCUUUUUCAAAUCGCGAAUUGCCCGAAAUUCUACGUCGAAGAUCAGCUAUUACGUCUAUAUCGUCGAGUUGCUAUAGCGUCGACAUUGAUACCACUAUCAAGGUUGAAGAAAAAGACACAUUAAAUGCUUUCACAUCACCCACCACUCAAGUGACCUUCUCUGAUUUCCUAAACGACUUGGGUGGACUUAACAAUUCCAUCCAUUCCACCACAUCUCAACGACUCUCGGCAGCCGAAUCACGAAAAUCCGGUUCCUCCAGUGAUACAUCUCGGAUUUCAGGAGCUAGUCUCUUGAGAAUCGAAUCCGAAGAAAGUAAUUCUCCAGUUUCGCAGGUUAAUUUGAGGGUGGGGAGUAUGAGUGUUAGUAAAUGGCUUACAUUUGGAAAUGUACUAUUCAGUCCGGCUAGAGAUGAGGUAGGCAAUUUGAUGGAUGGACCUACGACAAAAUGCCAUUCCAUUUUGGUAAUUGAUGGUCUUGGCAAUGACGACUGGUCUUUCUACGCUGCCGAAACCUACCCAACCUGUACCUUUUACAACCUAUCUCCCUCCUCUCCUCCUUCCGCCAACACCCAAAAUCCUGCCUAUCUCCUUCCACCCGCUAACCACCGUCAAAUACCUUUUGCUCCCUUCACCACCACCUCAAAUUUUCCCUUUCCUUCAUCUACCUUCAGCACUGUAAUUUUCCGCUUCCCGUCCUCCCUCACAACCGAUACCUACAACCAUAUCCUGUCGGAAUCGCGACGAGUACUCAAACCCGGCGGAUAUAUUGAAAUCACGCUGCUCGAUUUAGACAUGUUGAAUAUGGGACCGCGGACUCGCCGUGUAGUGCGUGGUUUGAAAACGAGAUUAAAGUGUCGGGAUGAAGGAGUCGUGUUGGGGAGUUUGGGCGAUGUUGUUCUUAGAGGACUGGGUGCAAGAGGAUUUGGGGAUGUGAAGAGUUGUCGAGUAGGAAUUCCAGUUGCGGGAGUAUUGGAAAGGGUAAAGAGUGCUGAUGAGAAAGGAAAAGAACGAGCAGGAGGGAAAAAGCAGGCGGAAAAAAGACAAAAAGACACUCGCAGUCUCGCCGAGAUGAUGAAAGAUGAAUCGGAAUCCGCUGAUGAAAGUAUCACACGCAUGGUUGCCAAAGUGGGAAGGUGGUGGUAUAUGAGAUGUUAUGAAUUUUCUUUAAUUUCAUCUGCAUCGGCAUCAGAAUCAGCAUUCAAAAAAGAGUCCAAAAAAAUAGGAAAAGGAAGGAAAGAAAAAGGAAAAGAAGCGAAUAGCAUCUUUGCCGAUAUAAAAAUUCUAGACGAAUGCGAGAAGUGGAAUACCAGUUUCAAAUUGGUGGUUAUUCAUGCGCAAAAACCGGUGGUGGUUAGGAGGAGAACUAAUAGUCUUUGA